UGGCAACUGUAGAAUAAACGCGCACAAAAUAAUUCUUGUGUUCUGCCUCUCCUGGCCUGUGACUCACCUUUUUCAGCUGAAGAGAGACUAUCAUAGUUAGCAAAGAGUGAGUGGACGAGAAGAACAAGCAACGUAAGCGAAAGCGAAACCCAAAUGAAGAAACUGGAAGAUCCGAUUGUGGCCCACCAGGCCAUUGAACCCACUGUAGUAAGUGCCCUGCUUGGCGACACGACAGCCGAAUGUGCUGCUGAGGGAUUGAGUGGAGCAGCUUACAAAAUCAGCAAGCCGCACAGAAUAAUUCACUGCAGUGAUGGGAUUGUUGAGGAAUUCAGCGAUGAUGAGGAGUUUGAAGUAGAUGCUGCACCAAAGACAACACCCAUUGACCCAUCCACUUUGACCUGGGGUCCCUGGCUGCUUUACCAGACUCAGUCGGCUGGAGGACAGGUCCUCAAGGCUUGCGACUAUCUCGGAGAGGGUCUGGCAAACUUCUUUGGAAUCACUCGCCCAAAAUACGAAUAUGAGAUUGAGGAGUACAAGAGAACCAUGAAAGAGGAGGAAGAGAGGCAAAAGAAGGAAGAUCUGGAGAUGGGCGGCUGGAAGGCAAAUGCUGAGCAGGAUGAGCCAACAACCAAAGAGCCAGUUGAGGAGUCGAAACCCAAGUACUGAUCUGACAAUUAAUUCUACUCGCAUAACUGUGACAACAUGCCUUUUCACACCACGCAUUUACCAAGAAACGUACACUGUGUGAGUGACGCUGCCGAUGAUAUUGAAACAAACAACCAUACAUACUAUUCUAAAUGUCAAAAAUAUUUUGAAUAUUCGUUUACAGACAGAUGGGGUAGUACUGUACGCAUCUUUUAUGCUCUAGAAUAAGCUCUUAUAACUCAUUUUAAUUUAUUAAUAUAUGGAUCUCUUUUUCAUAUUUUACGAAUGUAGUGUCCAUGCAGGCAGAGGCUAAUUGUACUAAACGCCAUUUUUACUGCAGAGGCUAUAUUACUGCGUAAGAAUAAACCAAAACUAUGCACUGCUACGUCAAGCAUUGGUAAAAUAAA